UUUCUACCUCUUCUCCUUGAUUUAGGUAUAACAUUAGAGAACAGUUAGUAUUUUAACAUUUUCUCAACAGCAUUUUGAAGACAAAAAUGUGUCUUGGAUCGCUUGCAUGCUGCUUUGGCUCGGCAGCAUGUUCACUAUGCUGUGCAUGCCUACCCAGCAUCAAGACAUCCACAGGAACUCGACUUAUGUACACAUUCUUCUUAGUUCUUUGUGACUGGAGUCAGUAUUAGCUAUGCUCUCCUCUGCUGUGCAAGACGGUUUGCAGAAGAUUCCAUUCUACAAGGAGAUUUGUGACAGUAUAGGUGCUGAAAAAUGCAAAAUGUUAAUCGGAUAUGAAGCUGUUUAUAAAGUAAUGUUUGGAAUGGCUUGUUUUCUUCCUGAUGAUUGAUUUUAACUUUCGGAAUAAAAAAUACGAAGAUUGUCGAGCUGGAUUAACAAAAUGGAUUUUGGUUCUUCAAAUUCCUUGCACUUGUUGGAUUAUGCGUUGGUGCAUUUUUCAUUCCUGAUGCUCAACUGUUUUUAAAGGUUUGGAUGUACAUUGGUAUGAUUGGUGGUGUCCUUUUCUCUUAAUUCAAUUAAUUUUUACUGGUCGAUUUUGCGCAUACUUGGAAUUCUUCUUGGCUUGUGGGAGUUGAGAAGAAUAAGUGCUGGUUUGUUGCUCUCCUUCUGAUGUCUAUUCUAUUUUUUACUGUUGCUGUGGUGGGGUAUGUGCUACUCAUCGUAUUUUACACUGAUGCAGGAGGAUGUACCGCUAAUAAAGCUUUCAUCGGUGUUAACUUCACUCUUUCUAUAUUGAUCUCAAUUCUAGCAGUAUCACCUUGUAUUCAAAAAGUUCAACCACGAUCAGGUCUUCUUCAAGCGUCUGUUGUAACUGCCUAUGUUUGUUUUCUCACUGCAUCCGCUGUUUCAAGCAAUCCAGGAGAAUAUCGUGUUGUUACAAAUUCAAGUGUGCAACAAAGUAAGCCUUUCGAAUGUUUCCAAGGAUCUAGCACAGCGACAUCUGAUAAACUGGUGAUUGCUGGUGGUUUAGCUUUUGUAUUCGUUGCAGUUUGCUAUGUAUCCUUGAGAACAACAAGUGAAGAAGAGCGACUAACAUUGCACGGAAAGGCACCUGAUCCAGAAGAAGCAACUUGCUGUUGUUGUUGUAUGGCUGGUGGAUAUGACAGCGGAGCUGUUUCAGAAUCAGAUAAGGGUGGACAGCAAGUUGUUGAUGAUGAAGAGGAUAGUGUUACAUAUUCCUACUCGUUCUUUCAUUUUAUAUUUUUUCUCACAACAUUAUAUGUGAUGAUGACUCUGACAAACUGGUUUGCACCUUCAAGCGACCAAACCGUCGAAAGUGCCUAUCUUAAUGGAAAUACUGCAUCUAUGUGGGUAAGAGUGGCAACAUCUUGGGCUGUCAUCAUAAUCUAUGUAUGGACCCUCAUUGCUCCAGCAUGCUGUCCCAACAGAGAGUUUCCAAAUUAAAUUCAUCACUGAAAAUCAGAGAUUGGUGUUUAUAUAAUAGCUUAUUGCAUUUUAUUAACUGCAUUCAUGUUAAGAGAGACAAAUUGAUAGUAACUAUGCAGUGGAAAUGUGUGCAUGAGGCUCGUUUCUUUGGACUUUGAUAGUUCAGAAAAUCAAGAAAACUUUGUUGUCAUCUUAUUGUUCAUGUUUGUAAAUAUCUUUUAAUAAUGCAGCCUCAUCUUAAUAAUAUCUUCUUUAUGACUUUGUCGAUGCCAAAAUUUUACAAAAACGAUAAAG